AUGGAUGAAAUCGGUGCAAAACAGUUCGACGAACUUCGCGAUCGACGAAGUCAACAAGCCGGAAGUGACGACGGUUUACGAAGGACAUCUCGGACCCGGAAGGUCCAGCGUGAGUACGCAGAAUAUUUAAAUGAAAUACAUUCCAAAGGACUAAAGCAUGAAUUAUUAAAACUUUCGCAAAUUAUUGAAGUAUCUACAGAGUCUUUAAAAACUUAUGAUUAUAGUAAUAUUGAGACUACAGAAAUUGAAAAAACUUUGGACACUAUACAUUCAAAGUGGGUUAAGUACCUCAAAGUACAUGAAGAUUAUUCUCAGCUGAUUAAUAACACGCGUGACUUGGAGCGUCUUAGCAUCCAACGUCAAAGUCUCGAACGAAAAAUAAAUGAAUGUAAUCAACUAGCUAUUGGUCAACUUAACAAGAGCAUUCGCAGUUUACAGAGAGACUCAAAGUUUGAGAAUGGUCUUCACCUUAAGGAUGAUGAUAAACUUUCUGUUUCA